GCCUGCCGGGACCGGGUCUGCGGGAGGACAUCAUGGCUGGGAGGCUGUGGUGCAAGGCCAUUUUUGCUGGCUACAAACGUGGCCUCCGAAACCAGCGGGAGCACACGGCCCUUCUGAAAAUUGAAGGUGUUUAUGCCCGUCAGGAGACAGACUUCUACCUGGGCAAGAGGUGUGCCUAUGUGUACAAAGCUAAAAACAACACGGUAACCCCUGGAGGCAAACCCAACAGGACACGCGUGAUCUGGGGGAAGGUGACCCGCGCCCAUGGGAACAGUGGCAUGGUUCGUGCCAAGUUCCGCUCCAACCUUCCUGCCAAGGCCAUUGGACACAGAAUCAGGGUGAUGCUGUAUCCAUCUAGGAUCUAAAUUUUUAUUGGAAAUAAAAUGGAGACUCUGUUUGA